AUGACCAAAGAGCAGAGCGAGUCUAAGGGUGACAACGGAGAGGAAGACGAGCUGAAGUGGAAAGUGGGCGACCGCGUGUAUGCCCUUUGGGCCGGCAACAACAGCUUCUAUGUGUCUACCAUCGCCGAGGUCAACGAGACCGAGAAGUCGGUGCUGGUCACCUGGGAUGACGCGGACACGUCGCACCGGAAAGUGCCCUUCUCACAGGUCAUGCGUCCCUCUGACGAGACGACGGCCUGGAGCAGAGCCAGGAUAGAGAAGCGAGCGACUGUGGCGGAGACAAAGAACAAGGGGAGAUGUCUCUUCACAAACGAGGCCUGCGAGGCAGGCUCCGUGGUCUUUGUGGAGCGACCCCUCUUGGUGGCCCUGCCAGCCGUUGCGCCGCUGCUGUGGCAGUGCCUCCAGAAGCUUCAUGAGGCGGCGCCGCUGAACCUGGGCACCGUGACCUUCCACUUUGCGGCCCUCGUGUCCGUGCUCACGCUGGAGAAAGCUGACAUUGACAUCAUCAGGGACAAAUACGUCCCUGAGCCAGAUGAGGAGCCCAACGAGGAUGUGACUCGGAUCCUGAAGGCGCUUCAGGAUGCUCCUCUGGAUGGCCAGAGCUCGAAGAUCCGGACGCUGGACGCAAAGGGCUUCCAGCGCCUCGUCUCCGCCUGGCGUUACAAUUCCUUUGGGCAUCACAAAGAGGACGGCUUGGUCUUGUACAACCGGAUCUCCAUGUGUGCUCACUCCUGCGACCCUACCUGCUGUUGGUCCUACGGAGAUGAAGAUGCCUUCGUCCUGCGGAGCCGGAUGGCUUUGGAGAAAGGAGGUGAGCUUACCAUCUCCUACCUGCAGGAUGAGGACCUGCUGAAGAGCACCGCGGUGAGGCAGCAGAAGCUGCUGAACUGGAAGUUCACCUGCGCGUGCCCCCGCUGCUGCCUCACCGUUGACGUGGGCAGAGGUGUCCGGUGCCAGCGUUGUCGCGUGGGAGUGCUCUAUCCCAAGGUGCCCUCUGGCGGCUUCGAGAGCUGCAAGGUCUGUGGGGGCAACUGCACGCCCGAGGACACCCAGAUGCUUUUACGCAUGGAGGAGGAUUAUGUGGCGCGGGUGGAGACCUUGGACAAGAAGGACUUGGAUGAUGUGCAGAUCGUCUAUCAGGCGGCCCUGGACAUCUUUGAGAAGCAUUGGAUUUUGUACGUGAUGGAUACCAUCCUUUGGGAGGGUUUGCGGCCCAAGAACAUCAUGGAAGCUAUGGAGCACCAGCGACGGAGGAUUGACUUCCACCAGCACUACUAUUUCAGGCCAACUUUCAUCCUGGCCUGGUGCCACGAGGAGCUCGGGGAUUCCAUGGCCCAGACCUGGCCCAGCCGGAAGUGGCACCUACAACAGGAGUUUCAGCGCGCCUACCACAUGCUCAGCAUCCUGUGUGGGACGACGCAUCAAUACACAGCAAGCCCCUACCACAAGCUUUGGCAGGCCACCAAUAGUGCCUCCAACGAGACAAAGGCAGCCUAA